AUUAGGACAUGUAUUUCGUUAUGCGGAGGAUAUCAGGUUGGACGUUAGUUAAUUCUGUUUGUUAAGAUUUCCCUCCUUAGCUUUGGACAGGAUGCUGUUCGAAUUUCUCCUUGUAAUUCCUAGCCUGCUUCAUCUGGGUUCAAGUCAAGGUGAAAGAGAUCCUAUGCAAUCUGCAACCCCUGAUCCACUGGAAGAGUUGUUCGGUCAAGGACGGAACAAAAAAGAGGAAUCUUGGUCCAACAAUUUACUGUUUGGAGACGUGAACCUAAACGAAAUCUCCAACUCCUUAGUUUCUACUCCUCCCCCACUCCUUAGUAUCAACAAUCGGGGAAAUUCUAAUCAGAAUUCAUUACCAUCAGGACUCUCCUUCCUGAACGGUGGAGGAUCAUUUUCCGGUUUCCUUGUUCAGGAUACAAAUCCCCCACCCGUAGAUCAGUCCAAUACGGGUGGAAAUGGAUUGAUGAAUAUACCACCAAUGCCUAAUUUCGAUCAAAUGGGAUUGGAGAGUGUUCUAGACAAAUUUCUUCCAGUCGACGGAUCGGUCCGACUGCCACCUCCCUCCAACGAACCAAUCAUUCAUUCCCGAGAAAAUGUACCAAUACCGUCGAUCGGCCAACUGGGAAUUGAUACUGGUGGUUUAUUUGGUCAAGGCUUAUUUUCUUCAGGUGCUGGAAGUUUAUCUAACACGCCCAUAUCGUCAUCUGGAUUGGGGGAUUCACUUCCAGGAUUAACAAACAACAACAACAACAACAAUCAAAUAGAUUUAGUGAAUACUCCAUCUGAAAGUCCUCCAUUAAUUCAAUCCAACUUAGCACCUAAGACUGUUCACUCCCAACCAGAAAGAAGUGCAGAUCAAAAAGCAAUCGAUCAAUUGAUCUGGGAUAGUAUGAUUCCGCCUCUACCCAAAGACAGAAAACCAAUAGAGGUUUUCCCAAGGAACGAACCUAAAAUUGUUCACUCCCAGCCAGAAAAAAGUGCAGAUCAAAAAGCAAUCGAUCAAAUCUUCUGGGAUAUUCCGUCUCUACAGACAGACAGAAACCCAACAGAGGCUUUCCCAAGCAACGAACCAACACCAAAACCAAAACGAAACAAAAAAUCAAAGAAAAGAAAACCUUUAUUGCCUCUUCUGCCACCAUCACCAACUCGAAAAUCUUCCCACAAAAUGCCUUCAGCGCCCAGGCACAAUCCCAAUAAGAAAGAUGAGACCAAUCGUAUUACAAAAGAUAUUUUAUUGGAUAAUAUACCCAGCAUUGACCAACUAGGUAUAGAUUUAGGAAAUACAUCACCAACCUCGCCAAAACCUUUUCACAUCAACGAUAAUAAUCUGUUGGACAAUAUUCCGUCUAUCAAUCAGUUAGAAAACGAUUUAUUUGGAAGCGGUAUCAAAAAUCAAGGAACACAAACGAAUCAAAACGUUGUUCCCACAGAACCAUCUAGUGUUGGAAACAAAUUUCAAUUCCCUGAUCAGUUUAGUGGCGGUAACCGACAUGAUUCCUCUGCAAAGAAAAACAAACAGAACGACUCCAUGUCCCCUAUUCAAACAGCGGGAAGUCAGAACUUGACGAUUGCAGACCCUGAUACAAAUUCAACAACUUUAGAAAACAUUUGGAAUAUUUUAGUGAUUGAAAUACCCGACUUGCUUAAGAUAACUGGGGAAGAUGUUCCAUCUGAAAAGCCUAAAAGCAACAGUAUUGAAGACCUUUUAGGAAUCUCAGCAAAUGAUAUCGAUUCUUUUAAUGCAAAUCACAAUCCGACAAUACCUCAGGAAACCAAACCUCGAACACCAUUGCAGAAUACAACUCCAAAACCAUUGCUUCCUGUCUUUUUGCCUACUAAAACAUCGCCAACUGUAUACGUCCCUCCCACCACUGUGGCAUCUUUGAUCAAUAUGCCAACAACAACCACAACACUUCCACCAAUGAUUGUAUACACAACACCUCCAACAACAACACCACGUCCAACAACGCUACCACCCACAACAACAACACCAUCUACAACGACAUCAAUACUCACAACACCACAACCAAUUGUGUAUAAUACACCGACUACAGAUAUCUAUUUAUUACCUACAAACCAACCGCUGCCACCAGACAUUUAUGUUCCACCCACAUUGCCUUCUUUUGAAAAGACUACCACACAGAUAAAACACGUGACAAUUGACUUCAAAAUUAAUGAUCAAGAUAAAAAGAAAUUACCUACUUCUAAAGACAAUGGAGGAGGUGAGCUUCCCUUUUCAUCUGGUGAUUUACUCCCUCCAUUUGAUUUAACACAAUUAACUUUGCCUCUGGAUAUAAUCAUGGAUUCUAAUAAAACGAAAUCAGCAAAUAACAUUAACCCCAUGGUGUUGCCUUCCGAACCAGAACUACCAUUUACAACCCCCUUUUCAAUUCUUAGUAUUGCUCCGUCAAUUCCAGAUAGACAACUAGAACAACCAAAAUUCGAAGACUUGGGAAUUUAUAAUGAUAAUAACGAAAGGAAUCCUUUUACUCAGAUAAUGUCUAAAGAAUCUCGGUUGCCAAAUCAAGAUUAUACCAUAUUUGGAGGAAAUCCUAAAGAUAAUGAACAAACCAUGAACACACAAUCGCGAGCUAUUGGAUUGGAAUCUCUAUUUGGAAAUCUUGGAAAUAAUAUGAAAGAACAAAGCCAUAUAAUAAACGCUGAUAGAUCGUCAAAAGGAAACAAGCAAUUCCAGCAGAGUGGUAACGAAGUUGGGAGGGGUGCAAAUAGUCAUUCAAAUUCACUGAUGGAACCAUACACACCAACUACAACAGCGAAACCACAUUUCCCGGGACUCGAAUCUUUGAUAGGUGAACAGAAGGAGGAAGUUAAGCCGACAACAAUGUCUAUUCCCAAACAUCCCUCAUUGGAUCUUCAGAUCCUAGAUGGUAUGAAUAAAGACAGUAACCAUGAACAACAAAUGGAGUCCAUCAAAGAAGAACUAUUCAUGAACAACAUAAAACAUAACGAGAUAAAUUCACUGAUGGAACCAUACACACCAAAUACAGCAGCGAAACCACAUUUCCCGGGACUCGAAUCUUUGAUAGGUGAACAGAAGGAGGAGGUUAAGCCGACAACAAUGUCUAUUCCCAAACAUCCCUCAUUGGAUCUUCAGAUCCUAGAUGGUAUGAAUAAAGACAGUAACCAUGAACAACAAAUGAAGUCCAUCAAAGAUGAACCAUUUAUGAUCAACAUAAAACAUGACGAGAUCAAAGAUGUUCCUCCACUAGAUAUUGAUGUUUUUGGGACUGGAUUUGAAGAUUUAAAGAUACCCCUUUCCACACCUACUCCGCUUACUUCGACACUUCCAUUUCUUCCUCCCCAUGAUUUUCUGAGCGCCGUAAAUAACGCUGAACAUGAGCCGUGGAAUGUUUUUUCUGAGGGUGAAGGGUUUGGUAACAGUGAAACAGGAAUAAUCUCUACACUAUCACCUCUAAUGCAGAAUCAAGAUCAAGUGAAACGCAUCAUUGAUUCUGGUCCAAAACAUAAUGACCAAGCCUUCGAAAACUCUGUACCAAUUCCAAGAUCACUUCAACGAAAUAACCAACUCCCGUUUGUUGCACCUACCUCAGAAGCUUCGAAGCAUUUUCUCUUCCAUGACCAACUUAAUGGCGGUAACAUUCGAUCUCAUAAUAUAUUUAACACACAGUCCACCACUCCUAAAACCACUACAACGGAUGUUAAACCCAAGAAACCUAAUAUUUUGGUGAUAGAUAUUGUUAACAAACCGGCAGAUAAAACAGGUAUUCAAACAGGGCAAAACAGACAAUUAAGUUUACAUAAUACAAACAAUGUAGCAAACACACAACAGGAUUCGAAUUCAAGAAGUAUUGGAAUCAUUCCACAAGGAACGAGGCAAUCAUUUGGAACUGAUAACUCAGCUUUUCAAAGAAUACAGCAAGUUACGCCAACACCAAACAGAGCGACUACGCCAUCCUGGUUGGCAGCGACUAUUUUAGCAAUAAGAUCUCGUCUGAAUCAACUUAGAGCCCUGAGAAACAACAGGCAAAAUAACAGAAACAACAACGGUCAAAAUGCUGCAAGGAAUCAUAUCGCAAAUGAUAACUCAAAUCGAAGACAAAGUGUUACUUUGCCAUCUAUCUUAACUUUGAAUCAAAGAAACAAUGAUCCAUCAAUCCAAAAUCGGGUUCAAAAUCGUUUGAUUCAAAAUGGAAAUCUGCACAACGUCAAUACUCAACGUUCAAUUGGAAACGGAUUUCCGUCUCAAGUUAAUUUCAAUAAUUUUCAAUUUGCAAACAGAGCUUCGUCUCAAAACCAACCGCUUGUGGGUGCUCAACAAACUGCAAUUCCUCGGAAUGCUCCUCAACAAAGAACUCAAUUUCAGAUCCCAAAUAAUCAGUUAAACCAACAAAAUACACCGCCAUUCAGGCAACCUAGUGUUCAACCCACUCAGAGUAUACGACAAUUACCGUCAUCUGGAACACAGAACUCACAAACACCGCAAAACGGAGUGACACAGGCUGAAACAGAGCUUCUUAGACAGCAAUUCCGUCAGCGUAUUCAACGAGUUAUUAGAACGCAACUUCUUCGUAAUCUAUUGAUACGUCGUUUGCAAGCACUAAGAGCCCAAAGAACAAACAACGCACAACAGACUAGAAACCAGCCGAUCUGGCGAGUUCCGACAUCAAGUAACAAUAUGAAUAUCAUGAAUGCCAAUAAUGCAAUAAAUUUGAUACGUCAAGCCAGACAGCGUGCAUUAACAGCAUCACAACAACAGCAUCCGAAUAACCAACCAUCUUCUGAUUUGUCUAGAAACGCUUUUGAAAGAUUUCCGAAUAGAAACUUUCAAAACGUUGGUUUCCGUCCGAAUCAGUUUGGAAGACAACAAACAACACAUCCUGUCAAUCUUUCAAGGCUUUUGCAAACCAACAGAGGGCUAAUAAAUAAUCGUAUUGGUCAAUCAUUCCAACGACCGGUGUCAAAUGGAACGAAUGGAAAUAAUGUGAACAGGAAUCCACGCCUAGAUUUAUCACAACUUCCCUCAGAGUUAGCGCUUCGGACUCUACAAAAUCUUAAUCUUCAACGAACACGUGGUGUUCGACAAGAUUUCCCUUGGUAAAGCAAACAGCUUUAAAUUUCUUAUGUGAUCUUAGAUAUGGACAGCUUCAAGGUCCCUUAGAUGUUUGACAGCUUCAAGGUCCCCAGGAUGUUUUGUUUGAUGCCGUCCACUAUAGGAAAUACGGAAAAUCAACUGUUUGUUGCUGCUUGAUGAAAUCCAUAUUUAUCGCAAUACCAAAUACAAAGAAAAUUGAAAAGAAGUGUUUAGUGAAAAAACCAAAAACAAACGAAAACAACAGUUUCCUGAUCUAGAAGGCAGGCAGACAAUUUAUAUAUAUCUCUCUUCAUAGAUGAUGAAGAUUUUGUCCAUGGAUUGAUAAAGGCACGUAAUCCGUACAUAAAGAGAAGUGGUUAUUCAAGUGAUGAAAUGCCUGAAACGGCCAACUAAACCUUUGUAUGUUGGUGUUGUUAACUGUUUUAACCCAUGUUGUCAAAAUUGUUUUGUUUAGACAAUAAUAUUCAUAUUUGGUACUCUGCAGGGUGCUAUAAUAAUUUUGCAGUUCUUGAUUGCUUAUGUGUGUGUGUGUGCCACUGUGUAUGUAUGUGUUAGAGAGCGAGAGUUAUAUACAUCAUUUGAUGACUGUAAAUAUAAAUACUCUAAUUUAUAAUUUUGUUUAACUACAUGGCGUUUGAAUACACAUCAAAACCCCUGAUUUUUCUUUAUACGUAUGUGUGUAUUCUUAGAUUUUGAUAUUUGUUUUUGAGUUUCAUAAAUACACAUAUGGUGUCGUCUUAAAAAUCACAUUUGUUUCCUUAAUACAUAACAACCGGAUACUAUGUACUGAAAAAAAAACUCAGCAGCGUUUAAUUGCUUUGAUGAAUCUUAAACCAACCUCAAUAUACUCUUGAAAAGGCCAGAGAUGAAAUGGGAUGAUUUUCAAAAACAAAAAAUAGAUGGGGAAAAGAAAUACAGUAGUGUGAUUAAGCUUACAAGGCAUCAGUGGAAAUGAAAUGUCUCGGUGAAAAAGAAAUGUUUGAGAUCGAAAAAGUUUGUUUGGAAUGUAAAAUGAAAUUAUUCUACAA